AUGCCUCAGACUCCAGUCGAGAUCAUCUCGAAAUUACCCGCAAGUUUCAAGAAAGCACAGGAUUCUGGUGAUCUAUUAUUUUUCCCAUCAUCGGUGCACGAAUACGAUGAAGACGGUGUAAAGUUUGAGAUACGGCUAUGUCCCGCUCUGCAGAAGAAACCCCAUCUACCGACCCCGCAUUUUGAAGUCGCCGCACAGCUAGAGUCCAGCAGACCUGACCCAUUCUCCCCGCCUUAUGUCCCAAACCUCUACCUUGGCGAGCUGCGAGACGAGGAGGAAGGUGCGGAAUAUGUUGUCCUGUUCAAUAAAUACUCGGUGGUGCCGCACCAUAUCCUCAUGGUGACCAAAGAAUAUCAAUCGCAGACAUCCCCGCUACAUCCCAGUGAUCUGGUGCAAGCGUAUCGUCUUUUGAUUGCCGGACAGAAGGCUGGUAGACGUUUUUUCGCAUUCUACAACUGUGGCGACCUCAGUGGUGCCAGCCAGCCACACAAACAUAUUCAGCUCAUCCCGCUCGAGGACGACGGUCCUCCCAUCGAGAGAUUAGCGAGAGCGAUGAAGGUUGAUUACCCAGAUAAACCAUUUGCGCUGACACAACUGCCUUAUGCGAAUCACGUUCGCCGGCUGCCCACUCAUCUGGCAUCUGGAUCAUACGACGAGCUUGAGCGUACACUCGCUGACGCUUUUCUCUCGUUGCUCGACCUUACUAUAUCCACUGUACGACGCGAUCCUACCUAUCCAGCUGGCACCCCAUCUUAUAACGCCAUACUCACGCUCGAGCACAUGUACCUUGUCCCGAGGAGGAAGGAGAACCACAUCCUCAGUGAGACGAGCGAACCGCUGAGCGUGAAUGCGCUUGGAUAUGCGGGUAUGUUGCUCGUGAAGAGUGAUCGCGAGCUGGAGGCGGUUAAAGCCGAAAGCGUCCGGAAGAUUCUGAGAGAUGUGGGUCUAGAGAGCGUGCACGAGUUGCUGGUCAAUGAUCAUGUGGAAGACGUAAAUAAUUCGAUACAGGAUGCUGUUUGA